UUUGUUUCAUCACCUCUUUGCACAAAACUAUCUGCAAAAAAAAAAGUCUCAAUUGGCAGUGUUUGAUAACUUUUGCGAUCUCCACUAAAUAUUUAUGCACACUGUGAAGCUGCCACUGGUAAGUCUUUCGGUCUAGAUCUGAUCUGACAUGAUGAAUGAAUGCAUUGGCAGUGGAAGAGGAAGGUUACCUCAGCAAAGUUAUGAACAAGCGCCUUUUUUUCAAUCUUCAGCAAUGAGAGCUGCUCUGCUGAUCCAGCGCUGGUACCGUCAGUAUGUUGCCCGGCUGGAGAUGAGACGCAGGUGCACGUGGAACAUCUUCCAGUCUAUUGAAUACGCAGGAGAGCAAGACCAGAUCAAGCUCUAUAAUUUCUUUGGUUUCUUGAUGGACCACUUCACCCCAGCCAGCAGUGAAAGAAACCUAAUAUCUCACAUCUUUCGUAAGAAUGAAAUCUGCCGUGACGCAGAAUGGGAGAGAUAUUUUUGCUAUAAGAGCAUUGAGGUACCCGACAGCUACAAUGGCCCCCAUCUGACCUUCCCCAUGACCUUCUGCGGGGUAUCGAAGCUGGUGGAGGCCUUCAAGCACAAACAACAGCUACAUGCUCGAUAUGUUCUGCAGCUUCUUGGAGAGACUUGGAGACUUUUAAGAAUUCUUCCAAAUAUCAGUCAAGUCGCCGCCUGCCAUACGAAGGAGAUUACUAUAUGCGGAGAUUUACAUGGACACCUUGAAGAUCUGCUGUUGAUAUUCUAUAAGAAUGGUUUGCCGUCCUCUGAGAAACCGUAUGUAUUCAAUGGAGACUAUGUGGAUCGUGGCAAAAACUCCUUAGAGAUUCUGCUCAUCCUGUUUGGGUUCCUGCUGGUCUAUCCCAAUGAUGUCCAUCUGAACAGAGGGAACCAUGAGGACCACAUCGUUAACCUGAGAUAUGGUUUCACUAAAGAAGUUUUGGGAAAAUACAGGAUGCAUGGCAAGAUGAUCCUAAAGCUUCUCCAGAAGAUUUUCAGCUGGCUGCCUCUGGCCACAGUGAUUGAUCACAAGGUGCUGAUUGUGCAUGGUGGGAUCUCUGACACGACAAACCUUGACAGGAUAGCCAGGGUGGACAGACACAAAUACGUGUCAGCUCUCAGGCCUCCUAAAUCGACCCAUCAUGCAGUCAAUGGCAGUAAGACUCCGACAAUGAACAACAGGAACACAGAACUGGUGGAAAGCCGGCGUCGAGUGUGUUCUCUGACUCACCACAGCUCAGCCCCGGCUCACGGGCAUGACAUCCCACGCCGCUCACUCCACAGCGUGCCCAUGAGCAGUCAACUCAACUGGUCAGUGGAGGAGGAGCUGAAAAGGAGGCGCAGACUGGCUGGGUUUGACCAGUCCUACGGGGAACUGCAAAAGUCUGACUCUGACUCAGACCCGGAGUCAGGAGAAACAGCAGAGACAGAUGAGCAUGAGUGGAAACAAAUAGUAGACAUGUUGUGGAGUGAUCCAAUGCCCCAAAAUGGCUGCAUUCCCAAUGAGGUGCGAGGCGGAGGCUGCUACUGGGGGCCAGAUGUCACCGAGGAAGUGCUGGGAAGACACAACCUCCAGCUCCUCAUCCGCUCCCAUGAGUGCAAACAGGAAGGCUAUGAGUUCUGCCACAACCGCAGGGUGCUGACUAUAUUUUCAGCAUCUAACUACUACGAGGUAGGCAGCAACAGAGGAGCCUACAUCCGAAUGGGCCCUGAUCUGGUCCCCCACUUCAAUCAAUAUCAGGCAAGCAGGACAUGCAGAGAGCUCACCCUGAGACAAAGUGUCGGGUGGACAGAGAGAUCAGCUCUACGAGCUCUGAGGGAACAACUGUUUGUGCACAAGUCAGAUCUCAUCAGUGCCUUCCAGGAGUUUGACGCUAACAAAACAGGGAUGAUCUCUCUAAGGCACUGGGCCAGCGCCACAGAGAGAGUUCUGAAUCUUGGUCUGCCCUGGAGGGUGCUGCGUCCUCAGCUGGUCAGCAGCACCCAGUAUGGCAUGGUAGACUACCAGCAGUGGAUAAGGGAGCUCUCCAUCACAGAGCCCAAACUAGAGAUCUCAGAUAACAGUAUCCUGGAGACUAUGUACAAAAAUCACUCCAACCUGGAAACAAUCUUCAGAAUCAUAGACACAGAUCACUCAGGUUUGAUCUCUUUCGAGGAGUUUCGUCAGACCUGGAAACUCCUGAGCUCCCAUCUUAACACAGAGAUCAGUGACGAGGCCAUUGCAGACCUGGCCCAGAGCAUUGACUUCAACAAAGACGGGAGCAUCGACAUCAAUGAGUUCAUGGAGGCUUUCCGGCUGGUGGACCUCUCUGCACAUAACAUGAGCCUGAGCCAGGAGCUGUAGCUGUACCUGCUGCAUAGAGAACACCAAGAACUCACUUAGAAGUAUCUCAUCCAUUUGAUCUGUGUCGGUUGAUUGUGCAUUAUUGUUUACCCCUGUGCAAACUAGAUCUUUUCUACCUCUUAGAUUUUUGACUUUUUUUAUUUAAGUUUAUUUGAGAAGUUGGUGUAUUUUAAGAAUUUAUGUGUAACGUAAUGAUCACCUGUUUAGUUAUGCAUAAAAACAUCAAACACG